AUGCGUUUCACAGCCACCGCAGUCACUGCCCUCCUCUUCGGCGCCAACACUAUGGCCCAGGACCUGAAAUCUGAGGAUAUUACCAUCACCGACUUCUCCGUGCACAAGGCGGGUGCCAGCGGUGCUUCUGCCGGCACUGUGGACGGUGUCUCCUUCAAGCUGACCGGCAAGGACGCCAAGGAUCUCAGCUGCUCGGCCACUGCCAGCCAGAUCACCAGCGGUGUGCCCACCAGCGUUAUAACUUGCGGUGACUCCAAGUACCGCUUCGCGCUUCUCGACAGCCCUGACACCUCGACCUUCGCCCUCCAAGUCUUCCACGAGCUCGGAACUGGUUCGGGCUUCUCCGGCCUCGGCAAUAUUGGCACCUACUGCCACUCUGGUGGUCUCGACAACAUGGUCUGCACUCAGACCCAGUCCCCUAUUACCAUCCACAUCGAUAGCCUUCCUAAAUAG